CCUGCGCCUCUGCCAAGAAAGAAAUCCUUGGAUCAAUACGCUUCUAUUCGCAAAAAGUCUCACCUGGGCGGGGUUUGACAUGGACGUCUGUAAUAUAUGGUCAACAUAACCAGAUUACAAUCCAAGGCUAAUGGACGCCGCCCAAACACCUCUUCGCUCAGCGGAGGAGAUCGUCGAGCGGCUGGUUGACCUUAACAUUCCGACUGUUUGGGGCUUCUGUGACGAAGCUGGAACUUUUACCCCAUUCCAAACUUUGGGUGUGACAGGCUCGAUGAGAGCGCCUAAUACGAGAGGUGAUCCGACUAUGUCCUGGAUCACCUCGAUGAUCCAUGUUGGCCAUCUUCGGGCGUUAUGCGACGAGCAGACACCACUGGCGGAAAGAUGCAAUAUACAAGCCUCCCUCGCGGUAGUGAUGCUACACGAAAUCAUGCAUGCGACAUAUCGUUCAAGGGUUUCACGGGAACCAGAUAUUCCCGGGGGAGAAGAGCCUUACAUGUACCCUGAAGUGAACAACGAGAUUGGCGAUUCAUUUGAAACGGCUAUUUUUGGCGGGUUGAUCCGCCCAAACCCAACCGCCCGUGGGGAGGAGAUCUUUCGAGGGGUCAAUACUCACCUGUCAGUUCUCGAAUGGCCACACUUUUUAGAUUUGGGGAACUUAUCCGCUGCCACGAUCGCCCAUGUCGCAUCAACUCAGGUAUCUAUGGACUACUUGAUUCCUGUGGCAUGGGCAUCGGCCCUCCAGACGCAGCACUUUUGGGACGCGGUAGUACCGGUCCACGGAAGUGCGGCCUUCAAGGCCUCCAGAAUCCUCCGUAACGAGUUGGUAAAACGAGACUGGUACAUUGGGUAUAGAAUACACUCAACCGAGUACAGGCUUUGGUCGUUGAGCCCGUGGAGCUGGGUUGAAGCGCGGAGGCUCAUCGCUCAAUUCAAGGACGCGCAUGCAAACAAGAGGCUUAGCGACUGCCUAGAUACCGCAAGGGAGUUGUCAUCGUACUCCCCAGACAGAAGCCAGCCCACCACCUGCGCCUUACACCAUACCACUUGGCUAUUUCUUUCCAUCAGCAGCUUGAUGUUUGCAUCCAUCCCGCUUCUGACACAAGAUGUGUGGCAUUAUGGACCACACAAGUUUCAAGACUUGUAUCCAAGUCAAAUGCGGAGUCAAGCAAUGCAAUACAUCGAAAUAACAUACAAGAGCAACAGCGAUUCUUUACUAAUCAUCAACCCAUCCCCUUCCCCGUCCACUGUCUCACUCCUCCUCAUCAUCCCCAACAAGUCGAUCGACUUUAUACGCCAACGUCCGAUGCGGCAUCGGCGUCCACCCCCAAGCCAACAUCUCCAAAUGCUCUACCGUCGGCCUCCCCUCGGCAUCCCACAAAUCGCCCACAUCAUACCCGUCCAUCGUCUCUUUGCCCUCCGGUACAAUCUCAUAAAGCGCCUCGUACCGUUCCUGCUCCCAAUCAAGUCCUUUGGGAUCAUUAUCUACAAGCUGGUUUCCUAAUCUAGCAUUCUUCUGCAAUUCGACGUAGAAAUCCGCGAAGCGCAUCUCGUGAGGCUCCAAACCGGCAUCGAGCAUCUCGUCUCGCAGCUUGGAGACAAUGUCUUUACUUACGAUAGGUCGGAAGCCCCGGUUGCCGCGUAGCGAUUCCACAGCCGCUGGGUAGGUCACUUCGAGCCAUUCAUGGA